AUGUUUCCAACGGCGGACACUGAAGAUAUUUCGCAGGUCACGUCAUUAACAACCAAGUCCAGUGCUGCUAGCGAUGCCCAAAACUCAGUUGAAAAUACUCAAAUCGCCACUCAACCCAGGAAUAGGGAGUUAACCCUCAAUAUGUUAAUUAAAGAAUUGAUCUUUUGCAUAGUCUUGGCUUUAACCACUUAUGGAGCUCUUCACAACACACCACCAAAGAUUUCAAAGCAUCCUCAAGCCAUUCGAUUCUUUAGAUCAGACUCAAUAGUUAGAGAUUGGUAUAGAGGCCAAUUGAGCAGUGUACUUGCCACUGUUAACCAAGCAGACAUUUCAUUUGUAAUGUACUAUGCCCCAUGGGAUGCUGAGUCUCAAUAUGUCAGAGGAGAGUUUGAAAAGGCUGCAUUAGUAUUAAAAGACAGAGUCCUGUUUUCUGCAAUCAACUGUUGGAAUCCAGGAAGCGAAUGUAGACUUCAGAACCAUAAAAUACCGUCAUGGCCUAUACUAAUGGCUUAUACAUCUUUAUCUCGAGGUGUCCUUUACAAAGGUCCCAAAGAUGCACUAAGUAUAGUGAACUUCUUGAAAUUAAUGAUGAAGCCAUUGACAAGAGUAUCAUCAUCAGAAGAUCUAGUUAAUUUACUAUCGUAUUGUGAUGCUGUAGCAGUCGGAUACACACCAUUGACAGAUACAUCAAAAUAUUACAAUGUGUGGUAUACAGUUGCUUUAAAAAUACGCGAAGCAGACACAUUAGGUGAAAUAUGUUUCGCUGCAGUGACGUCAGAGGAGCUAGCCGUUGACCUCGGAGCUGAAAGUGUACCAAAUGCUCGCCUAAUGUUGUGGAAUGACACUAAGGAAUACAUAUCACGUGAUGGAGACAUCCAAGCUUGGAACGAGUCGUCACUAAUGAAUUGGUUAUUAGAGAACUUCUCACAACCAGUACAAAGGAUUAUACCGCUGUGGAAGAAGGCCUUCAGUUUUGAGAGAUACGUAGACGGCAAUCCAAUACUUAUGCUCUUCACUCCUAUGAACCCGUUGUAUGAACAGCUGCCUGCGUAUUCAUUGUUGAGAGAAGUAGCAAUGGAGUAUUACAACUGCAAAAAUAAUGACACUAAUCAGUGGACAUCCGAAUUAGUGAAAUUACAACAAGUUCAAAGAUAUCUUUAUCAAGAGAAGAAUUUUACAAAGUUUUGUCAAGAGUUUAAAUUUAAGAAGCCAAUAAAAAAACACAAGUUUUAUAAGAAAGAGGUUGAGUCACAAAAUAAUAAAUAUCCGUGGUAUAACACUACACAAAGGAAUCAGAAGAGUGGAGUGUUUAAUUUUUUUUUGAAAAGAGGUUUUACUGUAUCUAAAGAUAUGGAGAAUUUAGGGGAUAUUUCGCAGGUGUCGUCUAUGCUCGACUGGCUUCAAGAAUGCAAUUCCAAGACUUCCAAGACAUUACCAGCUGAAAGGAGUUUUUAUGAAUAUUAUGGCCAGUGCCAGACUUUCGAAGAGAGCCUCACUUAUGAACCCGAAGUGCCUACAUUGCCGGAAGAAAUAGAGACAACAAUGCUGCCAUACGAAGACGAUUUAUUAUCAGCCGAAAAUCUGAUACAAGAAGACGUAAAACAGUACUGCAGGACAAUGAAAUUCGCAUACGAAAAUGGACCGCCUAUCUACCCUGGAAGCGCCAAAGACGAAAGACAUAAUAUAAAGCACCUACAAGGUCUCUCAUGUGCACACAACUUUAGUUUACAUAUAAUAGCUGUCGACAGCAUGCGGAACCACCAUUUUGCUGAAUCGUUAGGUAUAGAUAUAAGUAGGAAGAAGGAUAUGACUGCUGUUGUUAUUUUAGAUAGCAAGCAUGAAAGCCAAUACAUAUUGUCAGAAGACUAUAACGCCAAAUCUUUAAGAGAGUUUAUAUAUAACUUUACAAGUAAGAAGUUAAAGCGGUCGUUACGUACACACGUUAACGACGCUGCACACACGCACUACUUUGGCUCGAAAGGGGCCUUGGAGAAAAUGGGGAUCGAUGCGGACUCUGUACAUAUCGCAGACCUCACUACCCGAAUGUUUAGAAAAAUCGUCAGAACUCCAGGCACGAUGACAAUAGUGUGCGUGUGCGGCGGCGCGUGCGGCGCGCUGACGUCCCGCGCGCUGGUGGAGGCGCAGCGCCUGCUGGCCGCCUGCGGCCUGCGCCUGCGUCUGGCGCGCCUCGACGCGCUGCGCCACGACCUGCCCUGGCACUACACCGUGCAGCACUACCCCACGCUGCUGGUGUUCACGCCUCACAGGGAUGGCGAGGCGGACGGCGAGUCGUACCCGGGCGAAGAGCGUGUGACGUCAGCGGGCGUAGUGGCGCUAGCCUUGCGCUCGCUCGCCGUGCCCGAGCACUUGCGGGUUAGACUCGCACUUUGCUCGGCAGUACAGAACUACAAUGAAAAAAAAACCUGCUUAAAUGAUAUGAAAGAGCAUGUGACGAGCGUCAUCGGAAGAAACCUCAAAUACUGGCGACAGUCCGAAAACGAAGAGCUCAAAGAAGCCUUAUUUAAAAGACUGCAACAUUUACACACACUCUCGUUCCACAUAAGUUUAUUCCAUAUAACAGAUCUCAAUAAAAAUUGUGUUAAAAAGACAUCACUCUUAGAUACCUUUAGCGUAUUGUCCAAAAACUGGGAUAUCGACUUAGUGUUAAGAAAAAAUGGCACACAAUCAUUACAAAGGAUUGGCAGUUGA